UGCUGCAGAGGGAGGAGAGAAAUUACUCAACUUGAAUUUUAAUUUUCAACUGGGUUUAGAAUGGAUCAGGCGACAACCCAGAUAGAGAGAACACAUUUAGAAGAUGUGAGGAAUGAGCUGGAUGUGGAAAUGAAACGAAUUCCUCCAUGGAAGAAACAGAUUACAUUUCGGGGAGUCAUUGCCAGCAUUUUCAUCGGAAUCAUUUAUAGUGUUAUACUGAUGAAGCUAAAUCUAACGACUGGGAUUGUUCCCAAUUUGAAUGUCUCGGCUGCUCUCCUCGCCUUUGUGUUCAUCCGGACAUGGACCAAGUUGCUUCGGAAGUCUGGCUUUAUCCCCACUCCUUUCUCCCGACAGGAGAAUACAAUCAUUCAGACAUGUGCUGUCGCAUGCUACAGUAUUGCUUAUGGAGGUGGCUUUGGUUCUUAUUUGCUGGGAUUGAACAAGAAGACAUAUGAGCAAGCUGGUGUUGAUACAGAGGGGAAUACUCCUGGCAGCUAUAAGGAACCUGAUUUAAGUUGGAUGAUUCCUUUCCUCUUUGUUGUCAGUUUCGUUGGUCUCUUGGCUCUUGUUCCCCUCAGAAAGAUCAUGAUAAUAGACUACAAACUGGCUUACCCAAGUGGAACUGCCACUGCGGUUCUUAUCAAUGGUUUUCACACCCAAAAAGGAGACGAGAUGGCCAAGAAGCAAGUUCAGGGGUUUGGGAAAUUCUUCUGCUUAAGUUUUGUUUGGAGCUUUUUCCAGUGGUUUUACACAGCUGGGGAAGGGUGUGGGUUCUCUAACUUCCCUACAUUCGGAUUGCAAGCUUUGAAGAAUACGUUUUACUUUGAUUUCAGCGCGACAUAUGUUGGGGCGGGGAUGAUCUGCCCCCAUUCCGUGAACUUGUCUCUUCUUUUCGGAGCUGUUCUUUCUUGGGGAGUAAUGUGGCCAUUAAUUGGUGAGAAAAAGGGAGACUGGUUCCCUUCUUCUUUACCCACAAGCAGUAUGAAAAGCUUAAAUGGCUACAAAGUUUUCAUUUCUAUUGCUCUGAUCUUAGGAGAUGGCCUCUACAAUUUUAUCAAGAUCCUAUUUUUCACUUGUAGGAGCAUAUAUGGACAAUUGAAGAAGAGGAAACUCAGGACAUUUCCGGUGGAAGAGGAGGAAUAUGCAUCGCAGACUGAUCUCCCAAGGAAUGAAGCAUUCAUAAGGGAGGGAAUUCCACUGUGGGUAGCCUGCACAGGAUAUCUUGUAUUUUCGAUCAUUUCGAUUAUGGUGAUCCCGCAAAUGUUUCCCGUCCUCAAGUGGUACUACGUUGUGAUCACUUAUUUGAUCGCGCCUUCUCUCAGUUUCUGCAAUGCGUAUGGAACGGGUCUGACUGAUAUGAACAUGUCUUAUAAUUACGGGAAAGUUGCGCUCUUUGUUCUCUCUGCCAUGGUUGGGAAGGAGUCCGGCGGAGUGGUGGCUGGUCUCAUCGGUUGCGGCCUGAUUAAAUCCAUGGUCUCGAUUUCCUCGGAUUUGAUGCACGAUCUAAAGACAGCUCACCUCACCCUCACCUCUCCAAGAUCCAUGUUGAUUAGCCAAGCUAUCGGGACGGCCAUCGGCUGCAUUGUCGCCCCUUUGACGUUUUUCCUCUUCUACAAAGCUUUCGACGUCGGAAAUCCGGACGGUGAAUAUAAAGCACCCUACGCACUGAUCUACAGGAACAUGGCGAUUUUGGGUGUGGAAGGGUUCUCUGCUCUGCCCACCCACUGUUUGCAGCUCUGUUACGGUUUCUUCGGUUUUGCGGUGCUGGCGAACUUGAUAAGGGACCUAGGACCCAUGAAAGUUCGGGAGUUGGUCCCGUUGCCGAUGGCCAUGGCGGUGCCUUUCCUUGUGGGGGCUUACUUUGCAAUCGACAUGUGCGUGGGGAGUUUAGUGGUGUUCAUUUUGAACAGGUUGAACCGGACGAAAGCGGCCUCGAUGAUUCCUGCAAUUGCUUCUGGACUGAUAUGUGGAGAUGGGUUGUGGAUCCUCCCUUCCUCUGUUCUUGCAUUGGCUGGAGUGAAGCCGCCAAUUUGCAUGAAAUUUUGGUCCAGAUAAUAGGAAACAUGAUCCAUCAUGGAAAAAUUACAGAGAUGAGUCAAAUUAUGGAUAAAGUACAGUGUUUACAAAUUAUAA